CAAGUCUGGAUCUAAAACAUGUGUUAGUCAUCCACACACGCUUUUGUGUGUGUGUGUGUGUGUGUGUGUGUGUGUAUACACACACACACACACACGCACACACACACACAGUCGCAGCUGUGCAGGGUUAGUGUAGCACUUCCUGUCAUCUGCUUGAGAGAGUCCGCCGUGUGAGGACCAAGAUGAGGAUGAGGAUGAGGAUGAGUCUCUGCUUAGUGACUCUGCUGGUGCAGCUCAGCUGGAUCCAGGUGUGCCUGCAGAGAGAAACAGGAAGUCAGGUGAUGGAGGUGUGGGAGAAGAGAGUGAGAUGGUCUUCCAGUCUAGAUGAACUUCUCAGACUGACUAACUUCCCUGACUGGAAGUUGUGGAAAUGUCAGAUGAGACUCCAGCACGCAGAGACACUUUUAUCUCCGCCUUAUGUAGGAUCUCAUCGAUCUACUCGAUACGCUGCUGAGUCUUACAGCAUGCACAUACUCAAAGCCAUUGAUGAGGAGUGGCAGAAGACUCAGUGUGUGCCCAGAGAGACGUGUGUGGACGUGGCCAAGGAGCUGGGAACUGACCCUUCAGUCUUCUUCAAGCCUCCAUGUGUGUCCCUACACAGAUGCGGGGGUUGCUGCAAUCAAGAAGGCGUCACGUGCAGAAACACGAGCGCACUCGCCGUCAAUAAAACCGUGCUCAGCAUCAUCCCCUUCAAGUUCCUACCCGAGCCGCUGCUGAUCAGGGUGGCCAACCACACCGACUGCGGGUGCCUGGAGCCCGCCAUCAUACGGCGCCACGCCCGGCCCCACGGGAGCGGCAGCUGCGCUCUGAUUGGACGGCCGUCGGAGGCGGAAGGUUCCAGGAGACUUUGCGUCAGCGGGUGGAUUUGGGAUUGUGCGAGCGACAGGUGCAUACCUUACCCCUCCAGGCGAGCGACAGAGCUUCCGGUGACUUCCUGGAUGCCCGACUGUGAGAUCGACGUGGAUCGCUGCGACUGCCUUCCGCUUCCUGAGCCCACCGCCCAAAUAAGGGCGCAUCGCUGCCACCUCAACUCUUCCCUCUGCGCUCACAGGCGCCAACGUUUUGAUGCUGCGUCUUGCAGGUGCAGGUGGCCCAAGUAGCAGGAACACUGGCCAGUGACCAGCUGAGCACCGCAGACGACACGCUCAUAAUUUAUUGACACUUCUAUUUAUGCUAAUGAAAGAAGUAAUUAGGACAAUCAUAACUAUUCAUCACAUAUUUGGAUCAAUGUACAGUUUUUCUUUGUGCACUGUAGAUUAUAAAA